UUUUUUCCUUCGUUUUUUUGUCGUUCUCUCUCUGUGUAAGAUUUACUUUUUUCUUUUUAAAAUUUAACUGCGCUGCUUUCGAGAAUGGCAACUCGAAAAUGCUUAUAUAUGGAUUGAAAUUUCCGGAUCCGAAGCUUUCUACAGCUAGAUCUUGUCGGAGCGCGGAACAUUUGGCAUUGUGUUGUGCUUCGGUCUUUCUGAGGGUUCGAACUUAUUUUUUUGGCAUUGGAUUCGAACUUUUUUUUCCUACUUGCUUGUAGCCAGGUAGUCGGUACUAGUUCUUUUUCUUGAUUUUAUUCUUGGCGAGAUAGCGAAUUUUGAGGUGAUCGUGUUCUUAUCCUGGUUCAUUUGCCAGUGACUCGAGGUAUCCAGGAUAUACACAGGCAUCUGAGGAGAGGAUGAGAAGAGUCGGUGCAUGAUAAGUAGGUGCACCUACAUGUCUUAUGCAUCUGCUAGUGGCCUUUCCUUGAAGAACUUUGUUGGUGCACCUACAUGUCUCUGUUUCUCUUGUUUGUAGUUGGGAAAAAGAAGGUGGAAAAAAGUGAAUUUAAUCUAGUAUGAAGGAGAUUGACAAGAAGAAAAAUCCAAAUAAUAACCAAGCAAGACGCUCUGGAAGGACUGAAAAGAGAGAGAACAAGCAACGGCAAGAAAAUGCAGGCAAAAAAUUAAAUGCUAAGGAAAUUGAUUCUAAAACUUCUUAUGCUGGAUCAGACUCAAGCGUCAUAGUGAGUGAUUCGAAAGUCAGCACAGAGCCCCCUGAAGUUUAUGAAAGCAUGGUUAUACAUUAUGUGGAUGAUGUCAACAGGUUUGAGGAGGUACCUCAUGGUUUAAAAGCCCAUGAAAUGGUUGGAAAAGAGAACAAUGAUGAAACAAAUGGCCAUUCUAGUGAUUUGGACAAAGAACCUAGACAGGGGAAGGGCGAAGAAUCAGACUCUGAGACAACAAAAGAUUCUUCAUCUUCUCAAGGAGAUUCACAGAUAGCUGAGGAUGAGAAGUUAGAAAGAAUUUUGAAAGUUCCCAAGAAGGUUUCUAAAAAAGGUGUUUCUGAGAGCAGCCCACAUGUAACAAAAAUGAGAUCUGAUCGUGAAGCAAAAACACAAAUGAAGGUAGCUCAGAACACUCCAAAGAGAUCAACAAAAUCUAACAAAGGUCCUUCUAAAAUGAUCUCCAAAGAUACGUCUGAUAGUAACUUUAAUAAUAUGAAAGUUCCUUCAAGGCCUUCAUCAGAAUCAUCUGAAGGAGCUGAUGAUAAGUCCCUUGAAGAGGAAAAGGAAAUACAUUUCUUGGAUGCGACCUCAAAUGGGGCUCAGAGUGUUGUUACUGAUGAUGAAACAGUUAAUGCUGAAGAAAAUGGUGAGCAUGAAGAAAGGCCAGGUUUGGAUCAAAAGAUUGAGGAAAUGGAAAUGAGAAUUGAGAAACUUGAAGAGGAGCUUAGAGAAGUUGCAGCUCUUGAAAUUUCUCUAUAUUCUGUGGUACCAGAGCAUGGGAGCUCAGCACAUAAGGUGCACACGCCUGCUCGGCGCCUUUCUAGGCUCUACAUUCAUGCUUGCAAGCAUUGGACUCAAGAUAAGAGAGCCACAAUUGCUAGGAACACUGUGUCGGGGCUUGUUUUGAUUGCCAAGUCCUGUGGCAAUGAUGUUCCAAGGUUAACUUUCUGGUUGUCUAACAUCGUUGUUCUGAGGGAAAUUAUAUCUCAAACAUUUGGGAAUUCAUGUUACUCUAGCCCAGUUACAGGGUUUGUUGAGUCAAAUGGCAGCAAAAGGAGAGGUGAUGAGAAGGCUUCAACGCUGAAAUGGAAGGGUGUAAACAAACUUGGAGUUAUGCAUUUUGCCGAUGAUUGGCAGGAGACAAGGACCUUGACGGCUGCCCUAGAAAAAGUUGAGUCAUGGAUUUUCUCACGGAUAGUUGAGUCAGUAUGGUGGCAGACCUUAACCCCAAAUAUGCAAUCUCCAGUUGAGGAUUUAUGUGCCAAAGUAACUGUUGGGAGGUUCUCAGGACCUGCCUUAGGUGAUCAACAUCAAGGCAGCUUUUCAGUUGACUUGUGGAAAAAUGCUUUUCAAGAUGCUUUUCAAAGACUUUGUCCCGUUCGAGCAGGGGGGCAUGAGUGUGGCUGCCUGCCUAUACUAGCAAGAAUGGUGAUGCAUCAGUGUGUUGCCAGACUAGAUGUGGCAAUGUUCAAUGCUAUUCUCCGAGAGUCGGCCCAUGAGAUCCCUACUGAUCCUGUUUCUGAUCCUAUUGUUGAUUCCAAGGUUCUGCCUAUUCCAGCUGGGUGUUUGAGCUUUGGAUCUGGCGCACAACUCAAAAAUUCUGUUGGUAAUUGGUCUAGAUGUCUUACUGAUUUGUUUGGCAUGGAGGCCAACAAUUCUUUUAGAGAAGAUCAGUGCAGCAGCGACGAUGAUGUCGCACAGAGUGAAUCAAAAUCCUUCCAUCUUCUUAAUGCCUUGAGUGAUCUUUUGAUGCUUCCAAAAGACAUGCUUAUGGAUCGAUCAAUCAGAAAGGAGGUCUGCCCAUUGAUUGGUCUUCCAUUAAUUAAACGGGUACUCUGCAACUUUACUCCAGAUGAGUUCUGCCCAGAUCCUGUCCCUGGAGCUGUUUUGGAGGCAUUGAAUGCUGAGAGUAUUGUGGAGCGGAGGUUAUCUGGAGGUUCUGCAAGCAGCUUCCCCUACACGGCUGCCCCAGUCAUAUAUGCAGUUCCUUCCUGUGCAGAUGUGGCAGAGAAAGUUGCGGAGGCUGGGGGGGAAAAAUCUCAUUUAGCAAGGAAUGUGUCGAUUGUCCAGAAGAAGGGGUAUACCAGCGACGAAGAGCUGGAGGAACUGGAUUCUCCUCUAGCAUUUGUCGUCGUGAAAAUGCCACCUUUUCCAACAACCUUGGCUAAUGGAAAUGGAAAACACAAGGAGCAAGGAGGUUAUGAAUGCACAAAUUCGAGGUACGAACUCCUUCGCGAGGUAUGGUCCAUGUGAAUGGUAAUAUGAGUCUAAAUAUUAAUAUUUACGUUUGGAUUUUGUAUCAAAGGAGAAGUGACAGGAAUAUGAGAAGCAAAAAAAUUGUGAGAAUUAAUAGUUGCCUAGGAGAAAAAAAGAGGUUAGCUAUUUGUACAUCCAGCUGGAGUAUAUUUGUUGUUAAAAAUGCGUUUGGUUUUUUUUCCCUUCCAUUGCAAGAAAUAAAUGACUUUUCAGUCAUUGAGGAGUGUACAAUCCAUUUUACAUAUCAAAGAAAAAUAAAAAGAUGAAAAGAAAAGUACAAUCCAUUUGUGUGA